AUGCUUUUCCACGUUUCUUUUAUUUUACUUGUUUAUUUUUUCACCAAUGGAACUCUUGCGUUGAUUGAAUGUAUCAAAUGUGACACAAGACUUACAGCUGGAGAAGAGUGAGCUUUUUUGUGGGAAUGGUUUCUUGAAUAAAAACAAUUCAUUUUUUUUCUAAAGAUUCGAAAUCAGUUUGAACACAUUGAGAAUUUGAAAAAAAACAGAACUUUUUAAAUUUUCAUAUUCUGAAACUACGAAAAUCUAUGGAAUUCCCGUUUCAACUAUCAGAACCUUCAUUUUCACUAUCACAAUUUUUUUGAGAUUCUGAGCAAACCCGAAAGUUUAUUUUCCUCACAUCAAACAGAUACAAGUGUUAUUCAUGUUCAAAAUGUCAAAAUCCUACUGUCAUGAAUCACAACAAAAAUUUUCAGAUGCACAAACUGCACUGGUGAUUUUUGUAUGCUUCUAAUGUACGCAUAUACUUAUCCCGGUUUGGCUGGCAAAAAUGUGAUCUAUCAGGUAUUCAAAAUUCUUGGUGUCUAGCGAUACCUCCAGAAUAAAUCUGCAUAAUUCAGGAUUGCAUGCUAUCCCCGAUAAAAUACAAUACUGGAUGCACAAAAAACCAAAAAGGUGAUAUUCUCUGUCUCUGCAAGUGAGUGACUUUUUUUUUAAACAAAUUUGAAGCAAGUAUUUAGCGAUACUGAUAACUGCAAUCAAGAAAGCAAUUUCAAUUUGAUAACUGCUCCAGAGCCAACAUUUUUCACAUGUACUUCAUAUACUCAAUAUCCAUGGUCGGCAAUUAAUUUUGUAUAUGAGUGUCCAAACGCCUCAUUUUGUAGAAAAUACUUGGUAAGAUUAUUUAAAAUUGAACUCAACAUAAAAAAUGGAGAAUAUUUAGUAUUCGAGAGGAGAUGAAAGUCAAGAUUGUCAAUAUGCAUAUGAAGUGCUUGAUAACUUUAAUCAAUUGUAAGAGAAGAUAUUUUGAAAAUUUGGUCACGAAAAAACACCUAAAAAAUAAGAUUUUUUCAGCUUCACUUGGAACAAUCUCAUUUUACCUGUGAAUUCUUGCUAUACUAAUAAUGGGCAUUCUGGACAAGUUUGCUCAUAUACUGAUGUUUGUUUGUUCUAAAAUUCUAAAAAAAAAUAUAAAUUAUCAACCUUAACAAAAGUUCAAUAACUUCCAGGAUCGAAAUUCAACUUACAAAGAAAAACACGUGAAAAAAGUUAAAUGUUAUGUUGGAGUCGAUGCCUUUCAGUACAGAUAUGCAAGGGUGAAUAGAACCUGAAAUUUUUUUCUUGAACUCCAUGAAUUUUGAUAAUUUCACUUCUGCCUCAAACAUUUUAUUUCAGAACCCCAAUGACACAUGUGAAGGGCAAUAUUGUUUCGCGACCGAUUUGCAAUAUGGUUGUGUAACACAAUUCUUCUCUGAAGGAUUAAAAUUAGAAGUUGGUUUCUCUCUACCUUAUCUUUUUUGAUCACACCAAAAUUCAAAAAAAAAACGCAACAUUCUCCUUUUACAUGUAUUAUUUACAUUUGGUUUUAGGUCGGAUUAUACCAGUAUGCAUCGUUCACACAAAAGUUUUACAUCUGUGAUAAGAGCAUGUGCAACAAUAUAACGGUAGGGUGGUUUUUGUUAUCUUAUGCACUUUUUCUUAUCGUUUUUUUUUCUUCUGAAAACCACUUUGAUCUAUGGGGAAAAAUAAGAAAGAUAAAAAAAUGGUUCCAAGCAUUUUUUUUUGUAAUUAAUUGUUGGGUACAAAGAAUCAAAUUAUCCGUGGGAAAUCGAGUUGGGAAAAUUGGGAGAUGUAAUUUCCUGUGUUCUUGAAACAAAAAUUGAUUACAAUUGAAAAUAAUGCACCAUGAAUCAGCAAAAUCUUUGAUUCUGUUCUUCAAAGUACGAUGAAGAGUGUUUUGUUUUCAAACUUCAAGUUUAAUGAUCUCAUAAAAAGGCACCCUUUCAGUUUUCUUACAUUUGUGAUUAGGUCCUCAUUCCCCAUUUUUCAGUUCUCAAAUCUCGAACAAGACUGCGAUUGCCCGACAACAUACAUUCUCGAUCAUUCAAACCAACAUUUUUCCGUGCUCUUGAUACCACUUCAAAUGCUUCUAUUGCUUCUCCUAUAA